AUGGCUGAAGGGGUAGUGACCUUUUUACUCACGAAGCUUGCAGACUUCCUCCUAGAUAAGGAGAAGUUGGCAGAAGUGAAGGAUGAAGCUGAGUAUGUUAGUGACGAACUCGAGUUCAUGACGGCCUUCCUAAGACUUGCAGAUGCAAUGGAAGACACUGAUUCUGCACUCAAAUUGCUGAUCAAGAAAGUGAGAGAUGUGGCUUAUGACACAGAGGACUCUCUUGAUGAAUUCAGGCUGUGCCUUGCCAAUGAUAAUGGGCAUGGUGUUUUUUCCUGUUUCAGGAAAAUUUGUCGCUCUAUUAAAGAUGCUAGAGCUCGGCGUCGAAUUGCUUCAAAAAUUCAAGGCAUCAAAUCCAGAGUCAUCAGUAUAUCAGAGUCACAUCGGAGAUACUGUAAUAAAAACAACAUAAUGGUUCAUGGAUCAAGUUCCAACAGCAGCACUCGGACGGAAUGUCGACGGGAUGCCCUUCUGGUUGAAGAAGCUGACCUAGUGGGCAUUGAUAAACCCAAAACGCAGCUGAUCGAGAGGCUUCUUGGGACCAAAUCUAGACGUGAAGUGGUUUCAGUGGUGGGCAUGGGAGGGUUGGGGAAGACAACCUUGGUGAAAAGGGUCUAUGAUGAUCCAGAUGUGAAGAAACAUUUCAAGUUCCGUGCUUGGAUCACUGUUUCUCAAUCUUACAAGACAGAGGACCUGCUGAAACACAUGAUUCAACAACUCUUUCGUGUUCUUCGAAAACCUGAUCCCCGAAAACCAGAUCCCCAUGGCGUGGACGGGAUGGAAUAUGAUAUGCUCAUGACGAUAAUCAAUAGCUUCCUUCAGCAAAGGAAGUACCUGAUUGUCUUGGAUGAUGUGUGGCACAUCGAUGCCUGGGAUGCUUUCAAACACGCUUUACCAAACAAUAACCAUGGAAGUCGUGUACUGCUCACAACACGUAACAGUGGAGUUGCCUCUGUCUGCUGCAUGGAAUUCCCCAAAAAUGUCUAUCCUUUGAAUCCAUUAUCUCCCGAAGAGUCCCAUGCCUUAUUCUGCAAGAAGAUAUUUGACAAGAGCUGCUGUCCUCGACAUUUGAAGAAAGUUGCAGAAAAAAUACUGGGCAGAUGUGAGGGAUUGCCACUGGCAAUUGUAGCAAUCAGUGGUGUCCUAGCAACAAAGGAUAAGAGCGGAAUAGAUGAGUGGGAAAUGGUUCAUCGUAGCCUUGGCGCUGAACUGGAAGACAACAACAAAUUGAAGAGUAUAUUGUCACUCAGUUACAAUGAUUUGCCGUACUAUCUAAAAUCAUGUUUGUUGUACUUCAGCAUCUUUCCUAAGGGGAACCCAAUUGAGCGUAUGAGGCUUGUACGGCUGUGGAUAGCAGAAGGAUUUGUGAUAGAAAAAGGAGGAACGACGAUAGAAGAAGUUGCCGGAGGAUACCUCAACGAGCUCUUGAAGAGAAGCUUGGUUCAAGUUGAAGAAUCAACAAGCUAUGGCCGAGUCAAAACAUACCGCAUUCAUGAUGUUCUGCAAGAGAGUAUCAUUUCAAAGGCAAGAGAUCAAGAGUUUGUAGCUGUGGCCAAGGAAACAUGUACAGUGUGGCCUGAAAAAGUCCGCCGUGUAUCGAUACAUAACGCCCCUCAACACAUACAAAACAUUCAUAUGUCCUCGAGACUUCGGUCCCUGCUCAUGUUUUGGGGGGUAGAUUCUCUAUCUGAGUCCUUUAAGAUCAAUCUGUCUUCUGGUGGUUUAAGGCUUCUGAACGUGUUGGAUCUGCAAGGUGCACCUUUAAAGGAAUUUCCAAAUGAAGUGGUCAACCUAUUCCUUUUGAAGUACCUAAGUUUAAGGUAUACCAAGGUGCAUUCCAUUCCGAACUCCAUCGGAAACUUGCAGAAUCUUGAGACUUUGGAUCUGAAGCAUUCUCAUGUCACUGAAUUGCCUGUAGGGAUCCUAAAGCUCCAAAAACUUCGUCAUCUGCUGGUAUAUCGUUAUCAGAGAGAACAUGAUAAUCCUAUUCACACUAAAUAUGGUUUUAAAGCACCAGUCAAAAUUGGAUGUCUGCAGUCUGUACAAAAGCUUUGCUUCAUAGAGGCAAAGCAUGGCAUUCGCCUGUUGAUGGAGCUGGGCAAGCUCAAUCAGCUGAGGAGGUUAGGCAUUGUCAAGUUGAGGAAGGAACAUGGGAAGGCUUUGUGCUCUUCGAUUGAAAAUUUGGGGAACCUUCGUGCAUUAUCUGUCACUUCAACAAAAGAGAACGAGAUCAUCGACAUGCAAUACUUGUCCUCCCCUCCUCCAUUUCUUCAACAGCUAUACUUGACAGGACGGCUAGAGAAGCUGCCAGAGUGGAUAUCUUCUCUUCAUUUCUUGGUCAAGUUAGUUCUGAAGUGGACUGGGUUACAUGAUGAUCCUCUAGUCUCUCUUCAACAUUUGCCCAAUUUAGUACAUCUGGAAUUUGUACAGGUUUACGCCGGAGAGAGAUUGUGUUUCAAGCGUGGAGGGUUCCAAAGACUUAGGAUUUUGGGUCUAAACAAAUUAAACAGACUCAAAUCAAUAACUGUGCAAAAGGGAGGAAUGCCUUGCCUCCAAACGCUUAUUGUCCAUGGCUGUAGAUUGCUGCAGAGAGUGCCGUUUGGCAUUCAACACUUGCCCGAGCUAAAAGUGCUGGACUUUGUUGAUAUGCCUGAUGAUUUCAUCAAGAGACUACGUCUGGAUGGAGAAGGAGGAGAUUAUCUGAAGAUCCGAAACAUUCCGGAGGUUUACUGCACCCACCAGAUAAAUGGUAACUGGGAGGCCUGCUCGGUGGAAUCCUUUGGUUUCAUGAAUGGUGAAAAUUCUCCUAGCCCAAACACUCGCAUGAAAAGGAGCAUAUAUAAUUGGAAACCAUGA